CUUUACUCCACUCCCACUCCACUCUUCUCUUCUCUUCUCCUCCCCUCUCCACCGAUGCGGAAGACAUUCCACUUCCAGCAGCCAAGCAAGCCAUCCCUCAGCCGAGGCGUUGCACCCAUGGAACGAUCAUCCGAUCUAGCGAAUCUCGCAGGGCAAUCAUCGCCCUUCCUGGGCCGGUCCCUCGCCCUCCCUCGGGCCCCUCGUGGCCGACCAGUCAAAAUCAUAAAAAGGACUUGAUCGGGCUCGAUGGCGAUGCUGACGCCGGCAACGUGCCUGUCACCCUCCUAUCUCGAUCCUCUAGCUAUUCUCUGCAUUCCUCAUCCUCCUCCCGUAUCCCUUGCAUUCCUUCCCCCUCCCCCCCUACCCCUAUACUUAUGUCCACUCCAUUUCUCUAGGUAGAUAAUCCUCACGCCAUUGCCAUGGCCGACAGGACUACUGCCCCCGAGGCAGAGGUGGAUGCGGAUGCGAUUCCCAUCCCCCCGGCCAUCCAGGAGAAGGAGGAGAAGGAGGAGAAGAAGAAGACGACGGAGAAGACGAAGAAGCGUCGCAUCCCCCCCUUUCUCGAUCAUUUCAAUGCGCGCGACCUCAAGGUCUUCUUCCGCUGCUGGGUCGCCGCCUGGGUGGCCUGCCUGUUGAUCUUCAUCUAUCCUUCGCUGAGGACCAUCGGGACCGCCACCUUCUUUGCAGGUCUUGUUUUGAUGUUCCUCCCCCCUUCCGGCAUCCUUUUCAUCUAUCUCCUGGGGGCGGUUUCCCUCUUGAUCGGUAUCUUUCUGGCCUGGGCAUGGGGUGUCAUAACCAUGAAAGCCGCCAUGGCCGCCAGACCCGCCGCCGAAACGCAGGCCCGACUGCUCGCGCUGGAGAAGGUUGCCGUGGCCCAGGCCCAGAAUUCGACCCUGUCCGUCUCCGACCUGGCCAAAAUUUUGGUCUACGACGGGUAUAUGCUGGAUGCCCGCGUCACUGCCGUGACCUUCUGUCUCCUCUGCGUCUUCAUCUAUCUCAUGGCGCGUCUUCGGGCGAGCAACCCCAAAGCAGCCUUCACGUCCAUCUUUGGAAUCAUCAUCUCCGAUCUCUUCCUCAAUUAUACGCCCCUUCUGCCCUCGUUCUCUGGCACUUUGCCCCUGACGCUCGUCAAACCGGCGUUGAUCGGAGUUGGAGUCGGCGUGGCGUGCUCGGUGCUCUUCUUUCCCCAAUCGACGUCGCAUGUGGUUUUGGAUAGCAUGGAGGACAUCAUCAAGCUCCUUCAAGCCCCCCUGGCGCUCACGGUGAAGACCCUCGGCACGGAUGAGGAGCAGCGCGACCCGGAACAGCUCCGCAUGGCCCAAACGCUCGUGAUACAGAAGUACCGAAGCAUGGGGCCCGCGCUGGCCUUCUUGCCGCUGGAUUUCUCCGUCGGAUGCUGGGGAGCAGAAGAUGUCACUUCCUUCCAGGAUCCCUUGCGAGAUGCCCUCGCGGCUAUCCUCUCCCUUUUGGAAUUUCACAUCGGCAGGGUCGCGGGUGAGGCGUUGAGCCAGGAUGUGCUUCGGAAGUAUAUAGACGAAAAGCCCGACGAUGACGACGAAAAGCGGACGCGCGAGGUCGGCGCGCACCAGCUCUCGCAGUUGGCGGAGCUGCUGCAUGGAUUCCGCAACCCGGACAGCCACCCGCUGCGCAAAGAGGUCCUCCGGGAGCUUCGGAAAACAAGCACCACGGCGGUGGACGUCUGCGUGAAAGGCCUGGACGCGGUCCGCGAGUGCAUCCAUGUAGUAAACUGUCGACGCUGGUUCGGACGGCCGUCCAAGGCCGAACGCGAGCAGCUGCAGGAGCGCUGCGAUGGUGCCCUCGAGGACCUGCGUCAGGCCCGGGCCACCUUUAUCAACAGCAUCAGUGAGAUCUUGAUCAGGGAGCAGGAAAACCGCAUGGGCGACCAGCCCAGUCACUUCCGGCCCCUCAUGUUCGCGAUGGUGUUCGAGGAGCUUAUCUCCAACUCAAUGCAGAAGACCGAGGCCCUCCUCGUCCGAGUAUCCGAAGCCUUCCAGCAAUCGACGAAAGUCCGCAUCUACUGGCCCACCCGGUUCCGAUACGCCGCGGCUUGGGCUUCCGAGAAGGAAGUACAAGCGCCAGGGUCCCAGCCAACGGAGGACGACCCCGACCGCGACAGCGUCGACGACGUCACGAAAAGCGCACAGGAAAGGCUGCGGGCCACGCGUGGGUAUCGCACCCGACAACGCCAUCCCAUCAGUCGUGCCAUCCUGGGCACCUACCACUGGUUUACUUGCGACGAAGGCCUCUAUGGCCUGCGUAUGGUCGUCGUCACCAUCGCUCUGGGCAUCCCCAGCGCGAUCCCGAGCAGCGCGGGUUUCUACUUCCGCGAGAAGGGCCUGUGGGCGCUGAUCAUGGGUCAGACGGGACUGCUCGUCUAUAUGGCCGACUUCACUUUCUCCGUGAUUUCGCGACUGACCGGGACGGUGAUCGGUGGCGUGCUGGGCCUGCUGACCUGGUAUAUUGGCUCUGCGAACGGGCCGGGUAAUCCGUACGGAUUGGCCGCCAUUACCGCCGUGAUGCUGCUCAUACUGGUCUGGGUGAGACUGUACCUGCCACCCCUUCUGCUCCAGGGAGGGAUCAUGGGUGCCGCCACCUUCCUGCUCGUCAUCGCAUAUAGCUACGACGAUACCCACAUCCCCCAAUACGGCAACCCGGGCGUCGGCUACAACGUGUUCUGGCGCCGUCUCGUGCUGGUCCUCGUCGGCGUCGCCGCGUCCGCCAUCACCCAGCUCCUCCCCCGGCCCCCCUCCGCAUCACGACACAUCUGCAAGAGCCUCUCCCGAUCCAUCCGCACGCUCUCAACACACUACGCGCUCUUCCUCUCCGUCUGGGCCAAAGGCACCACCGAAGGCCGCCAACUCGCCGAGCCUCUCGCACUGCAACUUGCCGAAUCGCUCGUCGCGCUUGACGGGCCCACCCGGCUCCUCAAAUUCGAGUUCUCCAGCUCCCGCUUCGACAGCGCCUCCCUAGCCACAGUCAACCGAAUCUGCCGCAGCCUCAACCGCCACCUCGCCCGUCUCCUCCUCCUCUCCGCCUCCCUACCCCACGAAUACCAAGACCAACUCGCCCGACAGACAGGCCUCCGCGACCACCGCGUCAUCGGCCAAGUCAUGGCCGUCAUGGGCAUCUGCGAACAGGCCCUGAAGACGGGCGACGCCCUGCCCGAGAUCCUCCCCACUCCGCUCGUCAAGCAGGCGGUCGAGAACUGGGCGUGCGGACGCUCCGGCGAGAUCAUCUCGAGCGAGAUGAUCCGCGAUGAAGGGUACCGGCGGUUCUGUGUCGCCGCGAGCGCGUACUUCGGGUUCCUGGGUACGGUUGAUGAGCUGGUGUUGGUGCUGAAGGGUGUCUUGGGUGAGGCGCAUCUGGUGGGGAGGGAGAUGAAUUGGUUGUUGGGGGAUGUAAAUGGGGGUGUGUGAAGACGAGGACGAGGACAUUCUAGAGAAGUACCAGAUAGUGCGGAGGGGUACACUAGAGUACACUAGGGUAGAUCAGACUAAAGUAGCGUAUAUAUAGUAAGUAGACUAGACUAGACUAAACUAGAGUAAAGUAGAUCUGCUACCGAUUACCGAUACAUAUACCAUACUAUACUAAUAUAAACAUGAC